CUUUCUUCUGUCAGUGCAGUCGGAGGUUCGCUAUAAAAGCGCGCGCUGCCUCCCGGAGACUCCGCACUUCUGACCCGGAGACCCAACAUGAAGCUGCUCCUGCUCGCCGCGCUCCUCGGAUGCCUCGCCGCCGCGUCCGCGGCCCCCACUCGGGAGCUGAGGUGGUGCGUCACGUCGGAGACUGAGCUGCGGAAAUGUUCGGACCUGGCGGCCGCAGCGCCGGUCUUCGCCUGCGUGAGGAGGAACAGCAUCUUGGACUGCAUGCGCGCAAUUCACGCUAGAGAGGCAGACGCGAUCACUUUAGAUGGAGGGGACAUCUACCAAGCUGGACUGGAUGAUUACGGCCUGCAUCCCAUCAUUGCUGAGGAGUACCAAUCCGCUUCGGAAACCUGUUACUACGCUGUUGCUGUGGUGAAGAAGGGCUCAGGGUUUGGCUUCCAGGAUCUCCAGGGAAAGAAGUCUUGUCAUACCGGGGUGGGGAAAUCUGCAGGCUGGAACAUUCCCAUAGGAACUCUGCUGUCCAAGGAAUUGAUCAAGUGGAAAGGCUCUGAUGACAUAUCGUUGGAGGAGGCGGUAAGCAACUUCUUCCUCGAAAGCUGUGCCCCGGGGGCAACUGUCUCCAAACUGUGUAACCUGUGCAAAGGGGACUGCUCCAAGACCCACUCGGAGCCUUACUAUAAUUAUGAUGGUGCAUUCAAGUGUUUGACUGAAAACAAAGGAGAAGUGGCUUUUGUGAAGCACCUCACUGUUCCUGAAUCUGAAAAGGAAAACUACGAGCUCCUGUGCAAAGAUAACAGCAGAGCGCCCAUCGACAACUAUGCCAAUUGCAACCUCGCCAGGGUUCCAGCUCAUGCUGUUGUCACUCGCAAGGACCAAGAUAUGGCUGACUUUAUCUGGACCAGCCUCAAUUCUGUAGAGAACUUCAACCUUUUUUCAUCGGAAGCCUAUGCAGGUGCAAAGAACCUGAUGUUCAAGGACUCGACAAAAAAGCUGGUGCAGCUGCCCCCGAACACAGACCACUUCGUGUAUCUGGGUCCUACAUACAUAACAAUCCUCAAUUCCCUGAAGAAAGUGAAUAUCCCAAGCACUCCGUCCAAUGCCUUGAAAUGGUGUGUUGUGGGCAGCAAUGAGGCCACCAAGUGUGACAGUUGGAGCGACGCCGCAAACAACGACCCCGAGAUUGUCUGCACCAAAGCCCACUCAUUUGAAGAGUGCCUGAAAAAGAUUAUGCGCGAAGAGGCUGAUGCUGUGACAGUCGAUGGAGGGGAGGUGUACACAGCUGGAAAGUGUGGCCUGGUUCCUGUUAUGGUGGAGCAGUAUGACCAAGAGCAGUGCAGUUCCACCGGAGCCCCAGGCUCCUCUUAUUAUGCUGUGGCUGUGGUAAAGAAAGAUUCAGGGGUGACCUGGAAUACCCUGAAGGGAAGGAAGUCUUGCCACACAGGCCUCGGCAGAAAUGCUGGCUGGAACAUCCCGAUGGGUCGCCUGUUUGAAAUUACUCAAGACUGUAACUUCACGAAGGUCUUCAGUAGCAGCUGUGCCCCCGGAGCAGAUACCAACUCUCCGCUCUGUGCUCAGUGUGCCGGCAAUGCCGAUUCUAUGUUCAAGUGCAAAGCCAGUAGUGAAGAGAGGUACUACGGCUACGCUGGAGCUUUCAGAUGUCUCGUGGAGGGUGCCGGUGAUGUUGCCUUCAUCAAACACACGAUCGUAGAGGAGAACACUGGUGCUAAUGUUCCAGACUGGGCUAAAGGCAGUAAGUCUAGUGACUUCCAGUUGAUCUGCCCUGAAAUGGAGCAACCGGUGCCAGUCACUGAGUUUUCCUCUUGCAACUUGGCUAGAGUGUCUGCACACGCUGUGGUGACUCGUCCAGAGACCCGUGACAGGGUGGUCAACUUACUCAAGGAUCAGCAGGAAAAGUUUGGAUUGAAUGGCACUGAUGACUCAUUCAAAAUGUUCGAGUCAGACUCUGCCAAGAACCUCCUCUUCAAGGACUCCACCAAAUGUCUCAAGGAGAUUCCAGCUACCACAGACUAUGAAGGGUUUUUGGGAAAAGAGUACAUGAAAGUCAUGAGUUCACUCAGACACUGCCAAGAAUUCACUUCAGAUUUGGAAAAAAUGUGCACUUUCCAUUCCUGUCAGACACACUAGUGGUGAACAUGGACAGCUGGCUCUCAGUGAUUCAAGCACCUCCCAACACUUCCCACCUUUGACCCAAAAGUCCCAUUGAGUAUUUUCUUUCCAAUCCCAACCUGUUUUGAGAAGAACAAAUGGAUGCAAUGCACAAUCACAAACCAAAAAUCAAUUAACAAUCAUGUCCACGUCUGGUCCUUUCCAUGCUGUUGACACAGAAUGUUAUAUUGGUUAUUUAAUCUUGUUUUGUUGAUUCAUACCUCACUUUUCUCCAAUAAAGCCUUUUAAUGCUCA